AUGGUACCGGGAGCAACAGAAAAACCGGAAACCAAACCAGACGUCACGGAUUCUGAGUCCGACUCCGAUGACUCUGCCCCAGAACUCACGGAUGUGAAAGAUCAGGGCGAUGCUGCCAAAGCUAGCGCCUUAGCGGACGAAUUGCUAAGCCGCAGUAAACAGUCACGCAGUGAAAAGAAAGCACGAAAGGCAAUGUCAAAGCUCGGCUUGAAGCCCAUACCAGGGAUAUGUCGUGUGACUAUUCGCAAGGCUAAAACAAUAAUGUUUGUUAUAAGCCAAGCCGAAGUGUACAAAUCCUCAGCCUCUGAUACCUAUAUCAUUUUUGGAGAAGCCAAAGUGGAGGAUAUGUCUGCACAAGCUCAGAUUGCUGCGGCCGAAAAAUUGCGUACACAAGCAAUGAGUGGAACUGGAUUGGGCGGCACUGGUGCACUCGCGAAAGAUGCCAGUGCGGUCUCAAAAACGGCAAUCGCCGAAGAGUCCGAAGAUGAAGAAGAGCCCGAUGCAUCUGGCCUCGUGGAGAAAGAUAUCGAACUCAUUAUGCAACAAGCUAGCGUCUCCCGUAGUAAAGCUAUAAAAGCACUCCGAGAAAACAAUAACGAUAUGGUGAAUGCGAUAAUGUCCCUCACCGGCUGA